GGAGGUAGGAUGAACUUUCUGUCGUGUCAUAUUUUUGUGCCAUGUGUGUGAUUUUUUUCCCCCCUGGCUGAAAAGCUGGAAUUCAUCUGGUCUGUUUCCCCGCAUCCAUUCAUGAAAUCUCUCGUGCUGACAUCAUCCCGCUUCCCCAAGCGAAGUUGCUCACUUGCACUGAGAAGCAUCCGUCGCGUCUGAGAUGACAGAUUCUCCAUCAGUCCCGAGAGCAGCAGUUGCUUCUAGGAUGUGCCUGUAUUAGGUCAGGGCGGCGCUGAGUGUUUUUUAUGGGAGGAGGGGCUUCGUGAGAGCCAGUCCCCCCAGAAAACCAUUCUGCAUUUCAGCCCAUGCAGCAUACAAGUCUUCAUUUCAGGCAAUCCUUUUAAGCAGAAAUAAAAAAUUUUGGAAGCUUCGAUCACUGUUUAAUACUGUCUACAAGGCAAAGUAGCAGAGGUUUGUGGGCUAUCAAGAGGCAAGUUUUAAAAAGUAAAAAUAGAUCCUAGAGUCAUUACCUUGACACUGGAAAUGAGUGACUCCUAGAGAUUGGGACUCAGCCUUCACUUUGACGAACUGACAAAUUAGGGCCAUAUAGUUCAGUGGGUGCACUUCAGUCUGCCCUAAAACCCAGGUCCCGUUUCCAAAUGAACAGCCUUAAAUGUACCCAUUAGCGGUUUUUUAACAUCUCUAAAAUUUAAGCAAUAUAGACAAGAACUAGUGUAAAACUUAAAUGUCUAUGUAUAAUGUAAAAAAAGCUUAAUAGACAUUCCACCACGUUCAAGUUUUAAGAUAUUUCUAGGACACAUCCUGUAAACCCUGUACACUUUUUUAGACUGCAUCAUUUAUGUAGGAAUUGAUAGUUCACAGGGAAUUAAAAAUGUUCAGUGUUAUGCAUGAAGUCACAGUACAAUGGUUAGGGGAGAGAAAUCAAAGAUUCAAAGCAAAACAUAAAAAGAAAAAACAAAAGGCAAAUUGUAUAGCUUCUGUUUUUGGUUAACAAUGUCAGUAAUUUGGGGUCCCUGGAGAGACAUGCAGGUGGCCUGGGUCCAGAGAGCAGCUCCAUCCCUAUCUUCUUGGUGACCUUGGGUAGUCAUUGAAUUAAUAGGCUCAAGUUCCUCUUCAGAAUUCCUCUGAACUCUGUGGUCAAAUGAACUCUCAAGUUCAAGAAGUUCCACAGAAAUAGACUUUUGAAGUAGAUGAGACAGGAAGAGCAGGGGAGAAAAAAGUUAGAGAAAUAGUAUGGAAGUAGAUGGUGGUUGAGGGCAUCCAUUUUACAGUAAUUCCUCCCCCUGCACCCCCCCCUCCCACCCCUGCAUCUUGAAGAUCUGUCAUCAGCUCCACUUUGAAGUGAGUAGUAAUGCCCUCUGGGAAAGGCUAUGGUGUUGUAUGAAGAGAGGAAGUAGUUCUUUCAUUCUGUAAAUCAUUUUCUUAGGUUGGAAAGACUCCCUCCUCUCCCACCCACCCCCCCCAAAAAGAUGAAUUUUCUGGAGGAAGAGAUGAUUGUUCAUUGGAAACAAAACAAACAGGCAUGUGUCUGCUUAGUGAAUUUUGUUUUCCAGUCUCACAAAAGGCAGAGGAGGAGCCGAAAGCAAGAACCGAUUUCAUCCAACCAUUCAGUUGUAAAAGUCACUUUUGGAGAUAGAUAAGAGGACUGUCAGAAGGAUCUGGGAAGCAAAGUUUGGCUGUGAAAAGCAAAGAUCCUUUACCUACACAUUUUACAAGCAAUGUGCAGAAAGCCAUUGAUAAAUAUACCUGUGAACCCGGGUCAUCAUUUACAUCCAGUGGCAGCACCACGCCUGCAGGCACCCACAACUCUUGGUCUCGGUCUGGGACGCAGAGUUCUACCACUGGCUUAUCAACUGAGAGGAGCUCCAUUUACUCUUGGAGAGAUGACGAGUUUGACAAGGCGAACGCAGAGAAAGUCCAGCAGUUAUUCUGGGAGGUGGAGGAAAUGUUAUUUGAAGGGAAAGUAAGCCCUCAUACUCAGAAUCUAGUGGCUGAAUGCAGUGAGUGGGCAAGAAGAUCCCUCCAUCUGAGAGUAUUAGGAAGACAGCUCAUCAUGCCAACUGAUGAAGGGUUCCAACAUUUCCAGGGCAGCGAGCCUACUACUGUAGUCCACAAACCCUUCUUAGAUGCCUGUGGACACAACCGCAACAGCAGAGAAUUGUGUGUCUCUGGCUCUCAAAUACUCCCCGAGGUGUGCUCAGCCCCUCCCUUGCCAGGCCCCGAGGGCCCAGGGGUUGCUGGCCUAACAGCAGGCUCAGCCCAGGAAGAAGAGGUUUAUGACGUGGAUGGAAAGAUUGAAGAAUAUUUUGCUUUUGACAGAAAAGAAGAUGAUGAUGAAUGUCUUGAACAAAAAUCAGCUCACCGCCACAGGAUGUGGCGGAAACACGGACUUCCUCCCCUUUCUCCUCAUGACUGUAUCAAAGAUGCGGUGGCUGCAGAAGUGUUUGAUCACGUCUGGACAAGUGUCGUAGAGAUAUUGGAAGAGCUGAUCAGAAAAAAUUGGGAAGUUACACUCACAGAAGGAAAGAAACAGAAAGAAAAAUUGAAAGUAGCUGGGAAUAUAUCUCCACUGAUACUCAUUUCCCGUAUUAACACCGAUGCACCAAGUGUUCCCCCAUCCAGAAGCUCUGAAGCCCGAAGCGUCUCCCUGGCUCCUCAUCUUAAUCCACCUCAGAUUCAUCGCUUCUCCAACAAUUUUUAUAGUGAUUUGAGUGGUGUGAUGACAAUUCAAGCAAAGCCACUGCAGCAGAGACCUACCUAUUUCUCAGACAGAACACAGAAUGAGCAAGAGGACAGAUCACUGGGUGCAGGUCCCAGUGCCCUUUCUUUGGCACGGCACCGCCUGGGACGAACCUCCUCCGAUGCUCGCAUACUCCACACUUCUGAAAAGAAAACACCUGCGUACACGAGGCUGCCUUCUCUUACUUCAGACUCACAGAGGAUGAAAACCCCCAAUGUGUACAAUGAUGAAGUUCUUAGGGGAACAAAACUGCAAACUGGCAUGGAGUGUGUGUCCUCCCCGCUGGUUCAAGCCUCCCGGAGCAGGUUACCCCCAAUAGGCUCAGAGACCGGUGAGCAGAAUAUGGCAGUUCCUGGAUCUCGACCUGUUUCUUACAGAGGGAGGCAGCCACAAAACCGUGUGCUAAGUGCAAUUCCUGACAGUUCAAAGCGAUCGCCUCUUCGAGAGAGAUCUCUGACUAUAGAACACUUUUCAAGACCCAGCACGACCCAUGCAUUUCGGUUAGAUACUCCCCGGAAAGGUUCGUUGACCCUGAUGGAAUUUGCUGGCCACACAUGGACAAGUCAGAGUUUCUUCACAGGUUCACAAUAUCCGCCUAAAUCUUUUCAGAAGAUGACUCUGACUACAAGAAAGAGAUUCCAAGUGGCUUCUUGAUGGAACUUGGACUUCAAAGCCUCAGCACACCAUUUGUCACUUGAAAAAUGGAAGAACAAGUAUUAUAUUAUGUAUCUGUUUGUCUGACAGUGAGAUGUAAGCCUGUGUGAGAGAAAUGCAAACAAAUAAACAAUUUAAUUUUGAACACUUGCAUUGCAAAGAGAAUACAAGUCAAAUUCACCAACCUUCUCUAUUGGAAGCAUUCCAACAGAGAUUCUUUAGGCUUUGCUCAGAAGAAUCUGAUCUGUGUUUAUCAUCCAUCAUUUUAUCAAUUAUACACAGACACACAUGUAAUUAGUGUAUGUUUACACACACUACUUAACAAUGUGAGAGGAUAUUAUCUAGGAAUAUGCCAUUUUGUAAUGUUGUGUUUUGAAAUGUGUGUUUUGUGUCUCAUUCUGUCAUUGAUCCAUCAAAAUCCUGGUCACUAAUAGAUAUCACAACCUUCUCUAGAAAAUAGCGAAGCCAUCUUUGGUACAAUAUGCCAGUUUAACUAAGGUUCAGAUGAUCCUAAUCAUUGCGCUGACUUUCUUACACCUGUUUUUUUUAAAAAGUACUUUAGUCACGAGCUUCUUUGAGGAAUGUCAGUGGCUGCCUCCCGAGCCAAUCAGGUUUUACUGGUUUUCUUGCUCAAACUCGGACAGUUUAUUCAAAAGUAGCCCAAACUUAUUGAUUUUUAAACCAUAAUUAAAAUAUAUUGCAUGUGGUUUCCUCUUCGUUGUUUGCAGGCGAAGGUGUUGAUCCACUGGAGGGAAGGCUUCAGCAGACCUCUUCCUUAUUUGACCCCAGUGUGACCUUUGCUCAGAUGUCACCUCUGCCAUAAAGCCUUCCCGAUCCCUCCGCCUAAAGUAGCAGCUCUCUCGUCUCUGUCCCUUUGCCCUGCUUCCUUUUCCUUCAGAGCAUGUGUCCCUAUUUGCUAGUCAUAUGGAAAAUGGAACAGGGGAUGCCAAGGAGAAGUGGACGAUUGGAGGCCGGGCUCUAGGGCCGUUUUCUUUGCUCCCCCACCCCAUGUUUUUCCUCUAUAGAGACUUGUAUCCUUAGGCUCACUUUUAGAUUCUCAGGUCUCAAAUCACCAUAAUUUCCUUUUUUCUAUCAAUACUUAUAUUUUAUCAAUUUUUUAUUAAUCCAAAAUGAAAGUUUAUCUAUCUAUCCUCAUAUAAAUGUAUAAUAAAUUAUUUUCAGACAUAUUUCUGGUUGUAAGAAAAGAGGAUCUUGGCCUAUUUAUAGAUGUCUGCAAUUGAAAAGUGUGUUGGGACUGGAAUUAGCGUCGUCCUUGACCACGGAGUGACAGAACAAACAUGAUGCUAGCUAGAGUCAUCGUGCCUCUGACUGAUCAUUUCUCCCUUACAUUCCUGACUCAUUUCUUAUAGUAAUGGAGCAUGUUAGGGGGUAGAUGGAUGGCCAAAGCUCUGUAACUCUAGGUAAUAUUUUUAAUGCUCAGUUACCCAUACAAAGCAGACUGGAGCAUUUUGAGAAUUUUCUAACCUCUCCCUCAACAUUAGCUUACAGAAACUUUCAAGAGAAAAUAUCGGUUUUU